CUAUGUGCGAGGGGCUUCAGCAUCAUGAUAUUUAACACACCCACCCUGAACAUCCGACAGAGGUAUUUCCUCAAGCGCCUGUCAACGGGCGAGCAUCACCUUCACACGAGCUGGAUGUUCAGCAAGAAACGCUGAAACUUUCUCCAAAGAUCACAUUUGUCGACGGGAGGAGGUGCGAUGCCACACUUUCUCGAAACCUGCCAGGGCUGCCAUGCGUCUCGUCGCUUUCAACGAUUGAGCAGCCUCGAUUUAUACCGGAUAAGAAGAGCGAAUGAACUUGUGCAGCUGUGAAAGCGAUCUCGUGCGUUGUAUGAAUAGCGACAGAUGUUUCCUCCGCACGCCGAGAUGGACCGCGGCACCGCGAACACGCACUUUUGUGGAUCAUUUAUCUGACGAGGCUCGACUUCGUUACACCUCGCCAUCGUCUGCGGCUAUUAAACGUUAAAAUAGACUAUGAGUUGUUGUGUCGGAGAUUGUUCCCGCGUCUGACCGCACGGGAGGAAUUUAAUCGCGAGCGCACGUAAAUAACUGGAUUAUUGUUUCGCGUGGAUGUGGAUGAGCGCUUUGCUAAACAAAUCCCCAUUUCUGCCCCGAAGCUGGCAAAUGAAAACGAAAACGUUCCAUGUGUUCUUCUCACAAAUUUGGGAGCCCGUGUUUUAUGUACUGUUGGCGAUGUAGUGCGCUUGCUCACUUUUAUCCCUGCCGUUCCAAACAAGUCUUUUCUCGAACGGGAGACCCUGAAGAUGAUCCUCUUCAGAAAAUUCCGCGUCUUGAUUCUGAUGGUGUUUCUCAUAGCCUGCUCGAUGCACAUUAUGAUAGACUUGUUACCGAAGCUGGAGAGACGGAGCAGUAGCGCGUGCUCGUGCUCACACACACCCAGCGAAGAGCCGCAGAACUGGGCUAAGCAUCGAGCCAAGCCGGGAUCAGAGUCCGGCUGGCCUAAUAAACACACCCUCAGAAUACUUCAAGACUUCAGUAACGAGCCGAACUCAAACCUGUCGUCUCACUCGCUGGAGAAGAUCAUCGUUGGGGAGAGAUCCGAGGCUUUGAAAAGGUUUGAGCAGUUGACAGGUGACGAGAAGAGGCACACGGCACGGGACUCUGUCUUGAAGAACGCAGCUGUCAAGGGUUCGAGGCUCUCCGCGCUGUUUGAGCAUCCUUUAUACACCAGGCCGUUGCCUUCUUUAACCGACGAAGACACUUUAUUCAAUGUCAACACUGAUAUAAGAUUUGACCCUAAAGCUGCAGAGAACCCAGAGUGGAAUGGGGAAGGUAAAGAUGGGGAUUAUGCUCCUACGGGUGAGAUGUCCUCAGACUCCUAUCCAAAUUGGCUCCGCUUCCACAUUGGGAUCAACCGGUAUGAGCUUUACUCCAGGCACAACCCGGUCAUAGAUGCAAUGCUGAAGGAUCUGGUGUCGCAGAGAAUUACCAGCGUUGCGAUGAAAUCUGGAGGCACGCAGCUGAAGCUCAUCAUGACAUUCCAGAACUAUGGCCAAGCGCUCUUCAAGCCCAUGAAACAGGAACGGCAUGAGGAGACCAAUGUGAAUCUGUACUACUUUUCUGAUUUUGAACGGCAUAAUGCUGAGAUCGCAGCCUUCCACUUAGACAGGAUUCUGGGUUUCAGAAGGGUGCCUCCGGUGGUUGGGAGGCUCAUUAAUGUGAUAAAAGAGAUCAAAGACAUCACCACCGACCAUAAACUGGUCACAACAUUUUUCACUUCUCCAGUGGGGAAUGCAUGUUUUUAUGGCCAGUGUUCCUAUUACUGCUCCACAGAGCAUGCUAUCUGUGGUCGUCCCCUCAAGGUAGAGGGAUCUAUGGCUGCUAUGUUGCCAGACCCGAGUUUGGCACCACGUCGCUCGUGGAGGAGUCCCUGGAGACGGUCCUACAGCCGAAGCAAGCUGGCUCAAUGGGAGACAGACUCCAACUACUGUGACUCCAUAAAAAAGACUCCUCCCUAUGACCGAGGCACUCGAUUGGUGGAUCUGAUCGACAUGAGCAUUCUGGACUUUCUAAUGAGUAACAUGGACAGGCACCACUAUGAAACGUUUGAGAAAUUUGGCAAUGACACGUUUCUCGUACACUUAGACAACGGAAGGGCGUUUGGACGUCAUUCUAAAGACGAACCGUCUAUACUGGCUCCUCUUGUGCAGUGCUGCAGGGUCCGUCGGUCAACAUUGCUUCGUUUACGUCUGCUAUCUCUCCGGUCGUAUCGGAUGAGUGAUGUAAUGCGUGCGUCUUUGUCUAAGGACCCGCUUGCAGCCGUGGUCCCACUCCUCUCCGAACCACAUCUUUCUGCUUUAGAUCGUCGCCUAGAAACAGUCAUUCAAACCAUUCAGGACUGUCUACAGCAGCAUCAGUAUCACAGUGAUGUCAUAUAUGACGACAUCACCGAUUACCCUGGGGCUUGAUGGGAUGUCAUUUAGAUCUAGAUGUCGUGCUGUAUUACCAGACUGUAAACACCGACUUUGUUGGUAUUCAAUGUAUGCUUGUUAAAUAAUGUUAAAUACAGUGAAUCAAUCAGUCGGCAUAAGAGAUAUACAUAAAUACUAGAUACUUUA